CACCGCCAAGCAUCGUUAUUAAUAACCUGCCUGUUGCUGGCCUGUUGACAGUUAAAGCCUGGUGGAAAAAAGCGCUACCUCUUGUGUUUGAAAUUGUACAUUUAUACAUAGAAUAAGGUACUUCCUUACUCAAUUUGCCAACUGUAUAAAGUGUGUAAGUGAUAUAAGUCCAGUCUUGCCCUGCCUUCAUCAUGCAACACAUGGGUGCUCACUCUUGUGUUGUCCUUUGGCCUUUUAACAGCCAUGGCAUGGAAAGGGGGCCUGCCUCGGCCAGACAUGCACAUGACUCCAACCAUAGCACACAAUAGGAUCUAUUUCUGUGUAUGCACUAGGGUUAUCACUCCACUUACACUGAGAGCGAUCUCUCUCGCUCUCUCCCGCCCUCUCUUUAUCACAACACUCUCACCCACUUGCCCAAAAUCAUGGCGGACAGAAACAGCCGGGUCAGUGUUAAGAAGAAAGAGAAGAAGGUGGAAAACAAAACAAAUGACGAGAAGGACAAGGAGAAGGAAAAGGGGAAGGAGAAGAUCGUAAAAAGGCCUGACAAGCUAGUGAAAAAAACUGAGAAGACGCCUGAGAAGCCUAAGACGGACGAAGAGAAGACAAAUGGGGAAAGUGGAGGGGCAACAGGAGCGGAGGCUGUUAACAGUGAAGAAAAUGGAGAGUUUCAGCCCAUAGAGCUGCCACCAUUUGAGAUUGUCACAGGAGAACAGAUGAGUCCGUUCUACUUCAAGUUUCAGUUCAGGAACGUGGAAUACUCAUCAGGGAGGAACAAGACCCUCCUGUGCUUCAGAGUGGAUACACCAGGAGGCAGCACAGAGCCUCUGAAAGGUUAUAUGGAGGAUGAACAUGCCACAGCUCAUGCUGAAGAGGCAUUCUUUCAACAGGUGCUCCCUAACACUUCCCAAGAGUGCGAAGUCACAUGGUAUGUAUCAUCCAGUCCCUGUGUAGCCUGUGCAUCCAAGCUGGCCAACAUCCUCCAGCAGCGCAAAAAGGUCCGUCUCUGCAUAUUCUGCUCCCGUCUCUUUGAGUGGGAGCAGCCGGAGAUAGUGGAAGGGCUCCGGGCUCUGGUGAGUGCCGGCUGCAAGCUGCGGAUGAUGAAGCCGUCUGACUUCCUACAUGUUUGGGAAACGUAUGUGGAGAAGGAGGACCAGAGCUUUACACCCUGGGAGGAUUGUCAGGAGAACUACGACUACUACAUGGAGAAACUGGCUGAUAUCCUCAAGUAGAUGUGAGUUGGAGCACAUGAUGGACUAGAUCUCCCCACUGACGUGACCACAAAAUCGACCUUCUUGUCAAAUUCCCACUGGUUAAACGUGUGUUUCUUGCGGUCAUAUUUACUGGUGCAGAUCAGUAUUAGUUUGAAUGAACAGUCGUGGCAACAUUUUGUAUUUUUUAUUUUGCUAAGUUCAUAGGGAGACACAAAAUGCUUGAAUGGUAUUUAUACAGCAUCACUUAUUGUAUAUAAAUAUAUCAUACAAUA